GCAAAUUACGAGCGAAAUUUUAUACAAUGUUAUCGCUUGUCUCGCAAAUUUGCAUUAAUGUGUAAAGUUAAGUAAACUCAUUAAAACUAUGUCUGGGCAGCCAACAGCCGUGGACUGCUUAGAGAGCAGUGGAAGCACAGUGGAGGAUGUCCAAGAAACACCGGCGUCGAGGGAAAAAAGUUACGGGUUGCCGGUGCGCAAAGGAGAAAAUAGCUUGGAGUCUCCUGCAGAACAAGCCGCAAAGGAUGUGGAAAUUGAGGAACUGACACACAGUGAAGCAAUCGCCGCCACCGGUUCAACCAGGAAGCAGUGCCCAUAUGGAGGUAAGGCCCCUGAUGAACCUGGAAAGUUGGCCGACGAAUCGGAGGACCGCAAGGGAGAGAACACGAAAGCCAUUGCAAGCAGCCCGGUUUUGGUAGCUGUGGAUUCGGACAGCAGUGUUGAGCUAAUAGAGAGUCCUGUCAAAUUCUCCUCCGCCAACGAAAGUGAGAAAGAUCCGCCAAAACCAGAUGCUGUCAAUGAAGCUGCGGCUAAAGAGGCCGAGGAAAUGACUGAUAGCAGCAUCAGCAGUCCCACAUCCGAAAGUUUUCCUGAAAAAGAUGAAAAGACCAAUAAGGAAAAUGAGCAAGAACCUCCUGGCAUGGAGGUAGAUCAGGACGUCGAGGAGUCAAUAAGUCGACCAGCAGAAGAAUACAAAAUUGAGAAUACAUUAAAAGGUCACAAGCGUAUUAGCUUAACGGAAAUCGAAGAACACAAAAUUGUUGAUAAAAAAGACGAUGUCCUAGAGGUGGAGCUUGAAAAGGGCACUGCUCCGAAAGCUGCAGAAGACGAGAAGCUGAACGCUUUGUUAUCAGAUGGAGAUGUCUUCUACGACAAGGAAUGUGUCAACUGCAAUUGCACAAAGCUUCAUAAACAGUACGUGUUGGCUAACAUGGCCACUUUAAACUUUUACCAGGUGCUCCGAAAGUCUUCCAAGCAGCAGUUCCUCUGCAUGGGAUGCCAUGACACAGCAAUGGACUUGUAUGAGGAGUAUGCUGGACAACUAAUGGCCAAGCAGCCGCUGCUGCUAAAGGAUUUCCAUCAGGAUCACGCCGACUUUGUGGCUCUGGACAGCAGCGAUGAGGAGGAAGAGGAGAAGCAGCCAGAAAAAUCGGACUUUUCGAAAAACAAGCUGCAGCUCAUCGAAGAUGAACUCGAUGAUGCCAUCAAAAAUGUACUUAACAAGGUGGAUUUUACGGCUCAGCUGUCCUGGUCAAAAACUAUUCUCCAGGCGAAAGCAGACCACUUGGAGCGACAAUUCGCACUGGCAGAUGUGGAACUCGAAAAAGUUCAGACCACCGCUGACAAAAUGCACUGCGCUUUGUAUAACUCGUGUCCGGUGGCACACAAACAUCUGCCCACCCUGGACAUUGAACCCAGUGACUAUGUGCAUGAAGUUCCACCUCCUGGCGAAAUCGUGCGUCCUCCAAUACAGUUGGGAGAGACAUACUACGCUGUUAAGAACAAGGCUAUUGCCAGCUGGGUGUCCAUAAAGGUAAUCGAGUUUACAGAGAGCACCGCCAUCAACGGAAACACGAUGAAGAGCUACAAGAUUAGGUACCUCAACACUCCGUACCAGAUGAUCAAGACAGUGACGGCCAAGCACAUUGCCUACUUCGAACCACCGCCAGUGCGACUGACCAUUGGUACCCGCGUGAUUGCGUACUUCGAUGGCACCACUUUGUCGCGGGGCAAGGAUAAGGGCGUGGUGCAGAGCGCCUUUUAUCCAGGCAUCAUCGCUGAGCCGUUGAAGCAGGCCAAUCGCUACCGCUACCUAAUAUUCUACGACGAUGGGUACACUCAGUACGUUCCGCACCGCGAUGUCCGUCUAGUUUGCCAGGCUUCCGAGAAAGUGUGGGAGGACGUACACGCCGCAUCGCGCGAUUUCAUACAGAAGUACGUGGAGAAGUACUCCGUGGAUCGUCCAAUGGUGCAAUGCACCCGGGGACAAAGUAUGACCACUGAAUCGAACGGGACCUGGCUGUACGCGCGCGUCAUUGACAUCGACUGCAGCUUGGUGUUGAUGCAGUUUGAGGGCGACAAAAACCAUACGGAGUGGAUAUACAGGGGUUCAUUGCGCUUGGGUCCUGUCUUCAGGGAAACCCAGAACAAUAUGAACAGUUCAAGCGCACAGCAGCUGCGUGUCCCAAGACGCACGGAGCCCUUUAUUCGGUACACCAAGGAGAUGGAGUCCAGCAGCAAGGUGAACCAGCAGAUGCGUGCCUUUGCCCGCAAGAGCAGCGCCUCCGCCCAAAAUAACGCAUUAGCGGCUGCAUCUUCGGCAGCAACCCCAGCCGGAGGACGCACCAAUGCAGGAGGUGUCAGCACCAGUAAUAGCGCAAGUGCUGUGCGACACCUAAACAACUCGACAAUCUACGUGGACGACGAGAACAGGCCCAAGGGCCAUGUAGUCUACUUUACAGCCAAGCGGAAUCUGCCUCCCAAAAUGUACAAGUGCCACGAGUGCAGCCCGAACUGCCUCUUUAAGAUCGUUCACCGUCUGGACAGCUACAGUCCGUUAGCGAAGCCUCUGCUUUCUGGCUGGGAACGUCUUGUCAUGCGGCAGAAGACCAAGAAGUCUGUGGUAUACAAGGGACCUUGUGGCAAAAGCUUGCGCAGCCUGGCCGAAGUUCACAGGUACCUUCGAGCUACUGAAAAUGUGUUGAACGUAGACAAUUUUGACUUUACGCCCGACCUCAAGUGUCUGGCCGAGUACUCCAUUGAUCCCUCGAUCGUGAAGGACACGGACAUUUCAAAGGGGCAGGAGAAGAUGGCGAUUCCGCUGGUAAACUACUACGACAACACCCUGCCGCCCCCAUGCACCUACGCGAAGCAGCGCAUCCCUACCGAGGGUGUUCAUCUGAAUCUGGACGAGGAGUUCCUCUUGUGCUGCGACUGCGAGGACGACUGCUCGGACAAGUCAAAGUGCGCCUGUUGGCAGCUAACGGUGGCGGGCGUGCGGUACUGUAACCCGAAGAAACCCAUCGAGGAGAUAGGCUACCAGUACAAGCGGCUCCACGAGCACGUGCCCACCGGCAUCUACGAGUGCAACUCGCGCUGCAAGUGCAAGAAGAAUUGCCUGAACCGGGUGGUGCAGUUCUCCCUAGAGAUGAAACUGCAGGUGUUCAAGACCUCAAAUCGUGGAUGGGGCUUGCGCUGCGUUAACGACAUCCCCAAGGGUGCUUUCAUCUGUAUUUACGCCGGCCAUCUGCUCACGGAGACGAUGGCCAACGAAGGCGGACAGGACGCCGGCGACGAGUAUUUCGCGGACUUAGAUUACAUAGAGGUCGCUGAACAGUUAAAAGAGGGAUACGAGUCGGAGGUGGACCACUCGGACCCGGACGCCGAGGAGGACAACGGGGGACCCGAUGCCGAGGACGAUGACGACUUCCGGCCAAACUAUCACUACCAGCGCAAAAUCAAGCGCUCUUCCAGAAGCGGCUCCACGCAGAACAGCUCCACUCAGAGCAGCGAGUUGGACUCGCAGGAGCGUGCGGUGAUCAACUUUAACCCAAAUGCUGAUCUGGACGAGACGGUGCGGGAGAACUCGGUGCGGAGGCUUUUCGGCAAGGACGAGGCGCCCUACAUCAUGGACGCCAAGACAACGGGCAACCUUGGACGCUAUUUCAACCACUCGUGCAGCCCCAAUCUCUUCGUGCAGAACGUGUUCGUGGAUACUCACGACCUGCGUUUCCCCUGGGUUGCCUUCUUCUCGGCCGCGCACAUCCGCUCCGGCACCGAGCUGACUUGGAACUACAAUUACGAGGUGGGCGUGGUGCCCGGCAAGGUGUUGUACUGCCAGUGCGGGGCCCCCAAUUGCCGCCUUCGUCUGCUCUAAGUUCUAGCUUAAGUUAGAGAUCCAUACAGGAAAUAUACUCAUUAAAGAAGAAUUAGAAUU